AUGGACGCAAACGUUCCGGCCGCAUUUUUGGCCAGCCUCGUUGGCAGCACAGUGCACGUUAAAAGCAAGUGGGGCCCGGUGUACGUUGGGACUUUGGUCAGUUGCGAUCCAUACAUGAACCUUCAGCUGCGGGACACGGUGGAAAAGGCAAAGGAGGAGACGGAACUGGGAGAGAUGCUGCUGCGGUGCAAUAAUGUGUUGUACAUACGUGAGGUGCCACAAUAA